CUCCCACAAACCUCAGUGUCUGCUCAGCCCUUGUGGAGUGUGGGUGCAUGAAGGUGUCCCGGCGGAGCUUUAUCACUGAGGCCAUGUUUAGCUGUCGUGUGUGGCUGUUUGUCCCUCUCCUGUGUGUGCUGGGGAGGCUGUCAACAUGCACCGAGGAGAGAGAUAUACUCGUCAUCACAGUGGCCACUAAUGAGACAGAUGGUUAUCACAGAUUUAUGCGAUCACUCAAGGUGUACGACCUCCCUGUGAAGGUUUUGGGUCUUGGUGUGGCAUGGGAGGGUGGCGACGUCCAGAACACUGUGGGAGGAGGUCAGAAGAUCAAUCUUUUAAAAGCUGAACUCCUUAAAUAUAAAGAUGACAAAAACAAAAUUAUAAUGUUCACUGACAGUUAUGAUGUGAUAUUUACUGCGGGUAAAAGCAGCAUCCUGGAGAAGUUUGACUUACUUGACGCUCGUGUGGUGUUUGGUGCUGAGGACUUCUGUUGGCCAGACAAGAACCUUGCAGGACAUUACCCAAGAGUGUCCUUUGGUUACAAGUAUCUGAAUUCUGGAGGCUUCAUAGGUUAUGCCUCAGAUUUGUAUGGUGUUGUAUCGUCACAUGACAUCAGAAAUGAAGAUGAUGACCAGCUGUACUACACACAAAUAUUCAUCAAUAAAGAGUUGAGAGAUAAAUACAAAAUAAAGCUGGAUACUCAGGCCAAGAUAUUCCAGAAUCUGAAUGGACAGUUUGGUGAUGUGGCCCUGAAGUUUGAAGAUGAGGAUGCUAGAAUACAGAACACAGUGUACCAAACUGUUCCCAUUGUUAUUCAUGGAAAUGGACCAUCCAAGGUGCUCUUGAAUUCUCUGGGGAACUACCUUGCCAAAUCCUGGACCCAGAAUGAAGGGUGUCUGUCAUGUCAGGAGGGCCGGCUGGAGCUGAAAAAUGUGCUGGAAGAUGAUCUUCCCCAAGUCUUGGUGGCUGUCUUUAUUGAAAAACCGGUGCCUUUUUUGGAGGAAAUGUUGGAGAAAGUAGGAAAGCUUGAUUAUCCCAAGGAAAAAUUGGAUAUGUUUUUCCAUAACCAGGUAAAACUACAUGAAGACUUACUCAGCAAGUGGGUGGAUGAGCAAAAGACCCUCAACUACCGCUCUGUCAAGUACAUUUCCUCCACUGAAAACAUGAAAGAAUGGCAUGCUCGCAACUUGGCCGUAGAGCUGUGCUUGAAACAUAACUGUGAUGCAUUCUUCAGUGUUGAUGGUGAAGUUCACCUUGAUAAUCCAGAAGCAUUAUCUCUUCUAUUAGCACUUAACAGACCCAUACUUGCCGCUGCCAUGGUUCGUGAUGGCCAGGCUUGGUCCACCUUCUGGGGAGCAGUGAAUGAGGAUGGGUUUUAUGCUCGUUCCAUGGACUACAUGGAUAUUGUCAACAACAACCGAAGGUAAGAUGUCAGUUUCAGUUUUCAAGGAAUAUUAUACAUAACACAUUACAUGCAAAUGUAUGAGUACCCUCAAACGUGUACACAAGGUCACUUCUAGGAGAGAGUAAGUUCUUAUUUCAGAAGAA